GACAGGCCGUGCGGGAAUCCAGUGGCCUUGUGUCUCUCUCGUCCAUUAUUUGCCUCCCCUGCGUACCAUCAGGCUCUCCGUCCUCCCCCAUGGCAGCAGCGACUUCUAGUCAAUCAAGCUCGAUUGGCGACGAGCUGCGGGCAACCUGACCCGGCGAGGAAGUUCCAUACCCGACCAGCAUCGACCUGGGCAAAAAACCAUGGAAGUCGUGACGGGGGCUCUGCCAAGCGUCAUCACAAAGCUCGCUGGUCUAGCCGCCGGGGAGUACAAUCUGCAGAAGGGGCUGAAGGGGGAGAUCAAGUUCCUGCAAGAAGAGCUUGAGAGCAUGAAGGCUGCGCUGGAGGACAUCUCCAGGACUCCGGCAGAGCAGCUUCCCAAUAAUGACAAGAUCUGGUCCAGGAAUGUGAGGGAGCUAUCCUAUGACAUAGAGGAUAGCAUUGACACGUUCAUGGUGCAAUGCAAGGAUAAAGGGCUUGGCAAACAGCACGGGCUAAAAAAGGUCAUUGAUAGGAGCCUCCACUUGUUGAUGCAGCCAAAGGUUCGCCAUAAGAUUGCCAAAGAAGUCAGAGAGAUCAAGAGCCGCGUCAUGGAGGUGCACGAGCGGCGGCGCAGGUACGAGGUCAACCUUGGUGUUGAUAAACCUGUUACUGUUGACCCUCGUUUAUUCACUCAGUACACGGAGAUGAAAGAGCUUGUUGGAAUUGAAGAGGCAAGGGAUGAGUUCAUCAAUAAUUUUUUGACACAAGGGAAUAACGUUCCCAUGAAGCAAGGAAAGACCGUUUCAAUUUUUGGAUUUGGAGGCCUGGGGAAGACAACUCUUGCUAAUGCAGUUUAUGAAAAGAUUAGAGCACAAUUCGAUUGUUGUGCUCUUGUUUCUGUGUCUCAAACUCCUGACUUGAAGAGAUUAUUCAAGGGCUUACUCAAUGAUUUUGGCAAGAGCAUUAAUGAACAAAUAUUGGAUGAGAGUCGACUCAUAAAAGUACUCAGAGAAUUCCUUCAGGACAAAAGGUAUUUCGUUGUUGUUGAUGACAUAUGGGAUAUCUCAGUUUGGAAAAGGAUUAGAUGUGCUUUGCCUGAUAAUGAUGUUGGAUACACAAUUAUUACAACUACCCGUAUUGCUGAUGUUGCUGAACAAGCUGGUAGUGCUUACAAGCUGAAACCCCUUUCUUCAAACAACUCUCGGAAGCUAUUUUUUAGAAGAAUAUUUGGUAACGAAAACAAAGACAACAAUGAAGAAAUAGAAAAAUGUCCUGAUGAUGAACUUGCGGAAGUAUCUGACAGAAUACUAAAGAAAUGUGCUGGUGUGCCCUUAGCAAUUAUUACAAUGGCUAGCUUGCUAGCUUGCAAAGUAAGAAAUAAACUGGAGUGGUACGUGGUGUACAACUCUGUUGGUACUGGCAUGGAAAACAAUAUGGAUGUGGAGAAUAUGAGAAAGAUAUUGUCUUUCAGCUAUUAUGAGCUGCCAUGCCAUCUAAGGACUUGCUUGUUAUAUUUAAGCAUGUUUCCUGAAGAUUUUGAAAUUGACAAGGACCGCUUGAUAAGAAUGUGGAUAGCUGAAGGUUUUAUCCAAUGGGAAAAACAGGGGAAGAGUCCAUUUGAAAUAGGAGAGUUUUACUUCAAUGAGCUCAUAAACAGAAGUAUGAUCCAACCGAUAUAUAACUUUUACACUGGCAUGGUAAAGAGUUGUCGUAUACAUGACAUGAUGCUCGAUCUUAUCUGUUCCUUUUCAUGUGAGGAAAACUUUGUUACCAUACUAAGUGAUAUCGAUAGCACAUCUCCAUCAAGUACGAUUCGGAGGUUGUCCCUUCAAAAUGGCAAGAAAAGUCACGUGAUGGCUCAGGCUACUAGAAACUUGUUGCAACAUGCAAGGUCAGUUGUUAUCUUCCCAGCAGCCGUUGCUCAAGUGCCGGCUGCUGGCAGCUGCCGAUUUUUACGUGUACUGGAUUUGGAGCAUUGCAACCUUUCACAUACUGAUAGCCUUAAGUACCUUGGAAAUUUAUACCAGUUGAGGUACUUAAGACUAUAUUCUACGCAUAUUUCUCAGCUCCCGGAAGAAAUAGGAAACCUGCAGUUUCUACAAACAUUGGAUGUGAGGAGCAAUCCUAUUUCCAUCUUGCCUUCAAGUGUUGUCGAGCUAAGAAAUUUGAUGUGCCUAGACAUUGACGAGACUACAAGAGUGCCAAAUGGAAUUGGAAACCUAACAUGCCUUGAACAGCUAUCAUGGUUACGUAUUGAUGACUCCACCAUAAACAUUAUAGAGGAGUUGGGCCAGCUAACUGAACUGAGGUUUCUGCGUAUUAGAUUGGACAAGUGGAACGACAAGCUGUUGGGGUGCCUACACAAGUUACAAAAGAUCCAGGAACUAGAUAUAAAAGUCCAUCGUGGGCCACACAACAUCGGUGGAUUGGAUGCCUGGGUCGCUCCUCGACAUCUCCGUUUGUUGAAAGCAGAAGGCAUCUGUUGGUUUUCUACACUGCCGGCUUGGGUGAAUCCAUCGCUCGUUCCGGAUCUCACCUGCCUAGAGAUUGCAGUGAGGGAGCUACAUCAGGUCGAUCUCGACAUCCUCGGGAGGUUGCCAGCUCUCCGCUCUCUAUGGCUGAAGGUGGACAAUAAGAACCUGGGAAUCCUUCAGGGGUUAAUUGUUAGUCCUGGUUCGUUCCCGUGCCUUGAAUUCUGUCACUUCGUGAAAUUUGUAUGGCCAGUGGUGUUUCAAAAAGGAGCUAUGCCAAGGCUUAGAGAGCUUUGGCUGGAGCCGUUGUUUUAUGUGCGGGAGGCAAGAGGAGUUGCCAGCAGCGAUGGUGGUCUCGACUUGUGCCUGGGUAACCUGCCAUCGCUGCAGGAUGUCUUCGCUGAGCUCCGAUGUGAAGGCGCUAGCAAGGAGGAGGCGGAGCAAGCCAAAGCUGCGCUGACGCAUGCAGGUGACAUGCAUCCCAAUCAUCCCCGCCAUAGUAUAUGGAUUGACUAUGAAGAUUUGGAUGAUGGAUCCUGGAAUGACAGUGCUAAAGAUUCAGAUGAUGAAUAACGAACCGGAUAAAAGAUUUGAGUUAAUGCAAAUGAUAAGUUGCUGGUGGAGCUUCGCCACAUUUGCAGAGAUUAGAUUGCUCACCCAUGGACAGUACCAAACAACUCGAACCUGUAUGUAGUGAUGUUAUCUACUCAGUUUCCCGUGGAAAUGCCACGUCUGUGGGUUAGAUUUGGUUGGUUAACAACUAUUACGAUGUCUGGCUUCUGCACACUUGGAACCUGGAGGCCUUCCUAGACGGCUCAAUUCUACUCCCUUUUUUGCAGUACUGAUGUUGCUCUCUGGAGUUAUUUUGCAUGAGACUUCAGAGCAUCGGUGCCGGAAUGCAUGGUUUUUUUGAGGGGUCAGGAAUGCAUGGUCGAUCGCGCUGUUUCUUUCUAAUACAGGGCAACUGAUGUAGCAUUUCAUUGCAACUAAGACGCCUGCUCUGUUUUGGUGCGCAACGAGAAUAUGAGAUCACUAGAUAGAUAGUAGUGGUUCCCCAUGCUCUGUUUCGUUGUGCUCUGUUCUAAGGAUUACUCUAGUCUGCAGAACAUGGUGCCAAAGCAUGAAUGUCGGGUCAGCGGUGCCAGGUGUGCGGUCACCUUCUAGUUCUAGCAAAGAUCGCACCCAUUGCUUA